AUGAACAAAUUCGUUAUUAAGAAAAAAGAAGAUAUGAAUUAAAAGGUGUUUCACUAAUUAAAUGCUCAUGUUCCUAAUUAGUAAAAGAAUGAUUUGUAUAUUUUUUUAAGUUAUUCAAAAGGUUGUUUUAAAUUGACCCUUAAGCUUGUUAAAGAGACAAUAAUUCUCGGAAAAGUGAAAAGUAGCAUAUAAUUUAAUUUUUUUCAAAGGGACUUUCAGAUUAUUGAAUAGUGUCUAGGUUCCGGUGCUUAUGGGUCUGUUUAACUAGUGAGAGAUGUUAACAGCCGAAUUUAUUAUGCACGAAAGACGGUAACACUUGAUGAUAUAUGACAGAUUAGUAAAUCAAAAUUAAAAGCCCAGGAAUCGAUAGAUAACUUGAAAAGAGAAGUAUUAAUACAAAAGAAACUUUGUCAUCCAAAUAUUCUUAAACUAUGCUACUGUUAUGAAGACUCGUCUAAGUACUGUUAUGUAACUAUAAACAAUUAGUGUAUUUUUAAUCUUAGAGUACGCAGAACUGGGUUCGCUUUUCUCAUUGAUUAAACGAAAAUAAAGAUUAUAGGAGAGAGAAGCUUAUGUAUUCUUUUCACAAUUAUUAUCCGGCUUAGAAUACAUGCAUAAGAUGUAGAUUGUACACAGAGAUUUAAAAGUAUAAAUAUUAUAUAAAGAUAGCCCGAAAACUUACUAAUAACCAAAUCAGGAGACUUAAAAAUUGGUGAUUUUGGUUGGGCUACCUAAAUGCCGAAUUAUCAUAAAGCUUUCUGCGGUACAACAGAAUAUAUGUCACCUGAGAUGAUAUAAUCUUAGACAACUGAUUAUAAAACAGAUAUAUGGAGCCUAGGAGUGCUAUUGUAUGAAAUGGUAUAGGGAAAACCACCGUUUUAAGGCACAACAUUUAUGGAGAAGAGUUAAAAAAUAUUAUCUAGAAGUCAGGUAGAAUUUGAGUUCGAUGUUUCUGAUGAAUGUAAGUCUUUAAUCAACAGCCUACUCUAACAUACUAUUCAUUGUAGACCUUCAAUUGAUAAAAUUAAAAAUCAUUAAUGGAUGCUAUCCUAAGGAUAAGAUAGAAAAGGAUCAUUACGAAGUUCUUCUAUGAUUUCCAUUAAAUCAACUCAUUACACAUCUGAAGUACUUGAAAGCUAAUCCAAAAUUAAUAAUCUAUAAUUUGGUUAAAAAUCAUCAAUUUAAGAAUGGGAAGCUAUGAAAUUUAGAAGCUUAUAAUUUUAGUUUUAACGCCAGCAAGACCAAUAGCCACCCUAAAAUAACUACUAAAACAUAGGAUUUUUAACCAAAGCUUUAAUUGCUUUAGGAUGUAUCAAUCGCUGA